GAAAGUUUUAAAUUGGGACGUCUUAAUAUUGUCAAAGAUCAUAAUACUUUGAGUCUUAAUUCAUUUGGGCACCCAAAGAUCGGUGGCUUAAAGCCGUCAAGUAUCGCAACCUAAAAGUCCAUAAAACAUCUGCAAUUCGAAUAAAAGGGUCAUAAGAGAAUUUACUUUUUGUAACUACCUGAUUUAAUUUGGAUCGUAUUGGUCGUGUGGUAUAUAAGAGCUUCGUUUAUUGAAAGAGACAUCAGUCUACAAUUGGACACCAGUGAAAAUGAUUAAUCGCCGUCAACGCUUAGAAUUUGCGCUCAGCAUUCUGCCCUACGAUCACAAGAUGGUGCAGUUUUCAGAGGCCCAACAGAAGGUGGAGGACAUUAUUGCCAGACUGCGCACUGACGAAUCCUCUGGGCACGACGAGGAGAGUGACGACGAGAAGGCACGUCGUCAGGAGAACAAAGCCAAUGGCUUUGCCGAGCUGGCAUUGCAACAGAUUGAGGAGUCCGAUAGGGAGAACCAGAUGCCGAAGCCACAGUCAAAGCAAAAGCUGAGCACAUUGGCAACCCUGACACUGGCAGCUGAGAAGCUGAUGAAAAGCAGCUGCAAGCAGGAGGUGGCGGAUUUCGAUCAGUUCGAUGAGGACUCGGACAUGGUAAUGGAUGAGGAGGAAGCGCUGGCCAAUAUCGAUCGCAGGGAGCUCAUGGAGAACAAUAUUCAGGCCUUAAAUGAGGCACGCCUCAAAUUAUUGCAACGUUGGGAGCGCAGCAAACGCAAAGCUCUCGAUUUGCUAACAAUUGAGAUCGAGAAGGUGCAGAACAUGGAACGUCCACAGAAAUCGCCACACUUUAAGAUGUUCCGCGAUGGCACCGAAGACCACAACACUUCCACGCCCAAGACCAACGAGGAGGAAGAGAACGAAGUCAUUGAGCUGGAUGCUGACGAUGAAGAAUAUGUGCCGUACACCACGGAGAAAUCCAACAAACGCAAGCGAUUGCAAAAGUCUCUGGUGACCUCAACUCCCAAUGUGAAACGCACUUGUCCCAACUUUGAGUUCGAUCAGGAUGGCAAAUCCAAGAUGAUCACCAUUGGACCCAAUGGCACCCAGAUAUCUCGUGUCUGUCUCGAGGCCAUCAAUUGGAGCACCUCCGGACCGGCUAUAACUCGCAAAUUGCUUUGUGAGAUCUUCGAUCGUAAUACACUCGCAUUUCACACACUCUCCGGCAAACCAUCACCUGCUUUUAAGGACUGUGCACGUCCCAGCAAACAACCGUUGGAUCCACUCAAGGUUGCCGAUCUGGUUUACCUGAUGACCAACAGUCUGCAGAUGACACCACGCGAAGUGCGCACUGCGAUUACCACCAAAUGUGCCGAUGAGAACAAAAUGCUACGCACUCGCCUCCAGAAACGUCCCCGGAAAACUAUGUAAAUUUAUAUAUAGUAUUUCCAAAGCCAAAAACAAUUCUUGGCUCAGCCAUAUACUAAAAUGGCCCAGUGUUCACAACUUAGAUUUACUAUUACUUAGUUUAAAAUUUUAUAUAAAAUUUCGAUUAUUCUUUAAGCCAAUUUACACAAAUUAGACUAACAAUUACUUUGAAUAAAAUUCCG